AUGAAGCGCAGUAAACACCGCGGCCAAAAGGAGGACAAAGGCGGAGAUGAGCCGGCCAUCUUGGAAACAGAGAACCUGGACAGACUGGGCUCGUUCAUGGGAGGCGGCCCGGACCCCGACACCAUCUCACUGGCCUCUGUCACCGCCGUAACCACCAAUGUCUCCAACAAGAGAUCCAAACCAGACAUAAAGAUGGAGCCCAGUUCAGGACGUCCGGUGGAUUAUCAAGUGAGUGUGACAGUGAUCGAAGCGCGGCAGCUGAUUGGUCUGAACAUGGAUCCGAUGGUUUGUGUCGAGAUAGGAGAAGACAAGAAAUACACCUCCAUGAAAGAAUCCACCAACUGCCCCUACUACAACGAGUAUUUUGUGUUUGACUUCCAUGUCCCUCCGGAAGUCAUGUUCGACAAAAUUAUCAAGUUGUCUGUGAUCCACUCCAAAAACCUCCUCCGCAGUGGCACCCUGGUCGGGACUUUCAAAUUAGACGUUGGUACAAUUUACUCUCAGCCUGAGCACCAGUUUUACCACAAGUGGGCGCUACUGUCGGACCCUGAUGACAUCACGGCAGGCUGUAAAGGUUACGUGAAGUGUGACAUCGCCGUGGUCGCCAAAGGAGACACCAUCAAAACUCCACACAAGGCCAACGAAUCAGACGAGGACGACAUAGAGGGAAACCUGCUGAUCCCUGAGGGUGUCCCGGCCGAGAGGCAGUGGGCUCGAUAUUAUCUGAAGAUCUACAGAGCUGAAGGUCUCCCCCGAAUGAACCAGAGCAUCAUGGCCAACGUGAAGAAGGCUUUUAUUGGGGAGAACAAGGACCUGGUGGAUCCAUAUGUACAAGUGCAGUUUGCAGGGCAGAAGGGAAAGACGUCAGUGCAGAAGAGCUGUUACGAGCCCAUCUGGAACGAGCAGGUUGUCUUCACUGAGAUGUUUCCUCCUUUGUGCAAACGAAUGAAACUCCAAAUACGAGACUCCGACAAAGUGAACGAUGUCGCCAUCGGGACGCACUUCCUGGAUCUGAGGAAGAUCUCCAACGAUGGAGACAAAGGCUUCCUCCCAACGCUGGGUCCUGCGUGGGUGAACAUGUAUGGCUCCACACGCACAUACUCUCUGAUGGACGAGUACCAGGAGCUGAAUGAAGGGCUGGGGGAGGGGGCCUCGUUUAGGGCCCGCCUUCUCAUCUCUCUGGGGGUGGAGAUCCUUGAUGUGUCCUCCCCAGAAGUCGCCAGCUCCACGGAGGUCCAAGUCGAAGGGAUCCCCAAUAUCUCAGAGACGGCCACUGGGAAAGUUGAGGAGUUCUUCCUGUUCGGAUCGUUCCUCGAGGCCACAAUGAUUGACAGAAAGAUUGGAGACAAGCCCAUCAACUUUGAAGUCACUAUAGGUUACUAUGGAAACGAGGCGGACAGCGUGAUCCAGCCCAAAUCCAAAGGUAAAAAAGAAGGAGACGAGGAGGAGACGGAGCUGAUCAAUCAGUCGAGCGACGAAGAGAUGGAAGACGAUGGAGACUAUCAGUCUGUGUCUGUGACUCCGCCCAUGAAGCCUGUCGUCACAGACAGAAACUACUUCCACCUGCCGUACUUUGAGAGGAAGCCCUGUGUCUACAUCAAGAGCUGGUGGCAGGACCAGAGGAGGAGGCUGUUCAACGCCAACGUCAUUGACAACAUCGCAGACAAACUGGAGGAGGGUUUGAAUGACGUCCAGGAAGUCAUAAAAACUGAGAAGGCCUACCCCGAGCGGAGACUGAGAGGAGUCCUGGAGGAGCUGAGCCACGGCUGCAGUCAGUUUUUGUCACUCGCAAACAAAGACCAGAACCAGUCGGGCCGAACCAAACUGGACCGAGAGAGAGUGAAGCUGUGCAUGGCAGACGUGGAGUCAAUCGGUCAGCAGGCCAAGACCAUGAGGACCCAGGUCAAAAAGAGCACGGUCCGAGACAAACUCAAACUCACGUUUAACUUCCUGCACAAGCUCCGGUUCCUAGCUGAUGAGCCCCAGCACAGUGUCCCUGAUGUCUUCAUUUGGAUGAUCAGUAAUGGAAAGAGAUUUGCUUACGCUCGAAUCCCGUCCAAAGACAUUCUGUACUCCAGCAUUGAUGAGGAACGAGGCAAAGACUGCGGCAAAGUCAAGACCCUGUUUCUACGGAUUCCGGGGAAGAAGGGCUUCGGUCCGGCCGGCUGGACCGUCCAGAGUAAGAUAGAGCUGUACCUGUGGCUGGGCCUGACCCGUCAGAGGAGGGACUAUCUGAGUGGCCUCCCCAAUGGAUUUGAAGAAAACAAACUGUCCAAAGGGCCGGGUCUGCCCUCCUCCCCUCCCAUCAGCCUCACCUACAUGAUGAAGCAGAUGUUCCAGUUGCGUGUUCACAUGUAUCAGGCUCGUAGUCUGUUUGCGGCCGACAGCACCGGUCUGUCUGACCCAUUCGCUCGAGUUUUCUUCUCCACUCAGAGCCAGGUCACUGAGGUCCUCCCAGAGACCCUGUGUCCGACCUGGGACCAGCUCUUGGUUUUUGAAAAUGUGGAACUUUUCGGAGAAGCAUCAGAGCUCAGAGACGACCCUCCGAUUAUUGUCAUCGAGAUCUACGACCAAGACACAGUGGUAAGAGACAAAAUGGAGGGCAAAGCGGACUUCAUGGGCAGGACUUUCGCAAAGCCGAUUGUCAAAAUGGCCGACGAACACUAUGGUCCUCCUCGUUUCCCUCCUCAGCUGGAGUAUUAUCAGAUAUACAGAGGAAACUGCACGGCUGGAGAGAUGCUCGCCGCCUUUGAACUACUACAGAUUGGUCCUAAUGGUAAAGCCGACCUGCCUCCCAUCGACGGCCCCACAGACAUGGACCGAGGGCCGAUCCUCCCAGUGCCUCUUGGGAUCAGACCUGUGCUCAGCAAGUACAGGAUCGAGGUUUUGUUCUGGGGCCUUCGGGACCUGAAGAGGGUGAACCUGGCCCAGGUGGACCGGCCCAGAGUGGACAUCGAGUGUGCGGGGAAAGGAGUUCAAUCUGCCCUUAUCCCAAACUACAGAAAGAACCCCAACUUCAGCACGCUUGUCAAGUGGUUUGAAGUGGACUUACCAGAGAAUGAGCUGCUCCACCCUCCUUUGAACAUCCGUGUAGUCGACUGCAGAGCGUUUGGGAGGUACACGCUCGUCGGCUCUCACGCUGUGACCACACUCCGAAAGUUCAUCUACAGACCCGGGGACAAGCAGGCCAACAACUGGAACACCAACGAGGAGAUCAUCGUCGUGAAUGCAGAGCCAGAGCAGAACUUCAAGAAGAUGGACACAGUGGUCAAACUGGACUCUUGCUCUGAUGCCGUGGUGAAGGUUGAGGAUGAUGACAAAGGGAAGAAGAAGAAGAGAAAGAAGGGAGAGGAGGUGGAAGAGGAAGGUCUGGACGAGAGUAUGCUGGACUGGUGGUCCAAGUACUUUGCCUCCAUCGAGACGCUCACUGAGGUGCUCAGAGCACAAGAGGCGGCGUUUUCAGACACAGAGGACAACAACGACAUGGACUUGGCUGAUGGAGGUACUGAUGACUCUCCCGUAAAAGGCACCAAAAAGGGGAAGUCAAGGAAGAAGAAGUCGAUGAUCCACGACCCGUUUGAGAAGAAGAAACCCAAACUGGAUGAGCUCAAGGUCUAUCCCAAAGAGUUGGAGAGUGAGUUUGAUAACUUUGAGGACUGGCUGCACAGUUUUAACCUGUUCAGAGGAAAAGCUGGAGACGAUGAAGACCAAAAUGCCACCGAUGAAGACCGAAUCGUGGGGAAAUUCAAAGGCUCCAUGUGCAUGUACAAAGUGACCGACGACAUGUCCAGAGACUCAAACUUCGACUCAAAUAUGGGAAUGUUCCAGAACAUUCCUCACAAUGACCCGGUCAACGUGCUGGUGCGGGUCUAUGUGGUCAGGGCCACAGAUCUUCACCCGGCUGACAUCAACGGGAAAGCCGAUCCAUACAUCACCAUCAGACUCGGAAAGACGGAGAUAAAAGAUAAGGAAAACUACAUCUCCAAACAGCUCAACCCUGUGUUUGGAAAAUCGUUUGAUGUGGACGCGACUCUCCCCAUGGACUCCACUCUGACCGUGUCCAUCUAUGACUGGGACCUGGUGGGGACAGAUGACCUCAUCGGAGAGACCAAGAUCGAUCUGGAGAAUCGUUUCUACAGCAAACACCGGGCCACCUGUGGAGUCGGCCGCGCCUACGCCAUCCAUGGUUACAAUGUUUGGCGAGACCCGAUGAAGCCGACACAUAUUCUGGCGAAGCUGUGUAAAGAUGGGAAGCUGGACGGGCCUCACUAUGGACCACCAGGGAAAGUGAAAGUAGAGAACCGAGUUUUCAUGGGACCCACCGAGAUUGAGGACGAAAACGGUCUGAAGAAGCAGACAGAUGACCACGUCGCUCUGAGUGUGUUGAAUCAUUGGGAGCAGAUUCCUAAAGUGGGCUGUAAACUGGUCCCUGAACAUGUGGAGACGAGGCCUCUGCUGCACCCGGACAAGCCAGGCAUCGAGCAAGGCAGGAUAGAGAUGUGGGUGGACAUGUUUCCCAAAGACAUGACAGCACCAGGCCCAGCCCUCGACAUCGCACCAAGAAAACCCAAGAAGUUUGAGUUGAGGGUGAUCAUCUGGAACACAGACGAGGUGGUGCUGGAAGACGACGAUAUUUUCACUGGAGAAAAAUCCAGUGACAUCUUUGUCCGAGGUUGGUUGAAGGGUCAGCAGGAGGACAAGCAGGACACAGACGUUCACUAUCACUCCAUCACCGGAGAGGGCAACUUUAACUGGCGUUUCAUUUACCCCUUCGACUACCUCAUGGCCGAAGAGAAGAUUGUCAUCUCCAAAAAGGAGUCUAUGUUUGCCUGGGACGAGACUGAGUACAAGAUCCCGCCCAGACUCAACCUGCAAGUGUGGGAUGCAGACCACUUCUCUGCAGAUGACUUCCUGGGUGCGAUCGAGUUGGAUCUGAACCGUUUUCCUCGCGGGGCAAAAACAGCGAAGCAGUGCUCCCUCGAGAUGGUAACGAAUGAAGGAGACAUGCCCAUGGUCUCCAUCUUUAAACAGAAGAGGAUCAAAGGCUGGUGGCCUUUUGUGGCACGAAACGAAGAAGACGAGUUUGAGCUCACGGGCAAAGUGGAGGCGGAGCUUCACCUUCUGACCGGAGAAGAGGCAGAGAAGAGUCCAGUGGGAGAAGGACGCAACGAACCUGAGCCUCUGGAGAAGCCCAAUCGUCCGGAUGUGGCUCUGCUGUGGUUCCUGAUCCCGCUCAAAGCCGCUAAACACUUGGUGUGUGACCAGUACCGAUGGCUGACCAUAAAGAUCGUCACGGCGCUGCUCCUUCUGGCCAUAGUUGGCCUCUUCCUGUACAACAUGCCCGGGUACAUGGUCAAGAAGAUGCUCGGGGCAUGA